AUGCCUUUUGAGUAUUCUGGUAGAACAAUAUUUAGUUUGUGCUAUAUGUGGCUUCUGCUCUCUUCCAUAAUGCUCAGAAAUGUGGAUGGGCAUGGACGGAAGAAGCAACUUCCAAAGCCAUGUACUAAUUUUGUGUUGUACUUUCAUGAUAUACUUUACAAUGGAAAAAAUGCCCAGAAUGCAACUUCUGCCCUGGUUGCAGCCCCUCAGUGGGGCAAUCUCACUUCUUUCGGUGAUCUUUUCCGGUUUGGAUAUUUGGCUGUGUUUGACGAUCCUAUUACUCUUGACAAUAAUCUUCACUCUUCUCCUGUGGGAAGAGCUCAGGGCUUUUAUUUCUAUGACAUGAAGAAUACAUUCAGUGCCUGGCUUGGUUUCACGUUUGUGCUGAACUCAGAAGAUUACAAGGGCACCAUCACCUUCAACGGCGCCGACCCAACUCUGGUUAAGUACAGAGAUAUAUCUGUAGUGGGUGGAACGGGUGAUUUCUUAAUGGCCAGAGGAAUUGCCACCGUUUCUACCGAUGCAUACGAGGGAGACGUUUAUUUCCGCCUCAGGGUAAACAUCACACUUUACGAGUGUUACUCGUAA